ACUGUGGGAGCUGAGUCACUGCAGGAAGUGAACAAGAGGGUGAGGAGCAGAGAUCUGUAUCUGCUCAGAGGAAGUGAAUCUGUUCUACAGUCUCUGGCAGCAGCUGAAAUGGCGCAGCAAGGAAUUCAACUGGACAGAGAAAGAUUCUGCUGUUCGAUCUGUCUGGAUCUACUGAAGGAUCCGGUGACUACUGGCUGUGGACACAGCUACUGUAAGAGCUGUAUUAACACCCACUGGGACAAUGGCGAGGAGAGCGGAAGCUACAGCUGUCCUCAGUGUAGAAAGACCUUCACACCGAGGCCUGUCCUGGGGAAAAACACCAUGUUAGCUGCUUUAGUGGAGGAGCUGAAGAAGACUGGACUCCAAGCUGCUCCUGCUGAUCACUGCUAUGCUGGACCUGAAGAUGUGGCCUGUGAUUUCUGCUUUGGGAGAAAACGGAAAGCUCGUAAGUCCUGUUUGGAUUGUUUGGUCUCUUAUUGUGAAAAACACCUCCAGCCUCAUUUUCAGUCACCUCCAUUUAAGAAGCACAAGCUGGUGGAGCCCUCGGAGAAGCUCCAGGAGAACAUCUGCUCUCGUCACGACGAGGUGAUGAAGAUGUUCUGCCGCACUGAUCAGCAGUGUAUCUGUUAUCUCUGCUCUGUGGAGGAACAUAAAGACCACGACACAGUGUCAGCUGCAGCUGAAAGGACUGAGAGGCAGAGAGAGCUCGGGUUGAGGAGACAAACAAUCCAGCAGAGAGUCCAGGACACAGAUAAAGACGUGAAGCUGCUUCAACAGGAGGAGGAGGCCAUCAAUGGCUCUGCUGAUAAAGCAUUGAAGGACAUUGAGAAGAUGUUCACCCAGCUGAUCCGUCUGCUGGAGAAAAGAAGCUCUGAUGUGAAGCAGCAGAUCAGAUCCCAGCAGGAAACUGAAGUGAGUCGAGUCAGAGAGCUUCAGGUGAGACUGGAGCAGGAGAUCACUGAGCUGAAGAGGAAAGACCAGGAACUGAAGCAGCUCUUAGACACAGAGGAUCACAACCAGUUUCUACACAACUACCCCUCACUGACACCACUCAGUGGAACUACACACUCAUCCAGCAUCAGGAUCCUUCCUCUGAGGGACUUUGAGGACGUUACAGCAGCUGUUCCACAGGUCAGAGGUCGACUACAGGACAUUCUGAGUGAGACAGAGAUUUUACAGAUUGUGUCUCAAGUGGAUGUUUUACUGCAACAACCAGAACCAGAGACCAGAGCUGACUUCUUAAAGUAUUCACAGGAAAUCACACUGGAUCCCGACACAGUAAACAAAUAUCUGUUAUUAUCUGAGGGAAACAGAAAAAUAACAUAUGAGGGAGUAGAAUCAGAAUCAGAAUCAGAACAGUCUUAUUCUGAACACCCAGACACAUUAACUUACAUGGAUCACGUACUCAGUAGAGAGAGUCUGACUGGACGUUGUUACUGGGAGGUGGAGGUGGAGGUGGGAGGAGCAGUUGGUGUAGCAGUCACCUACAAGAAUAUCAGAGUAGCAGGAAACUCACAUGAAUGUGGAUUUAAUGAUAAAUCUUGGAUGUUAUAUUGUUUUAAAAACAGUUAUGAAUUUCAUUACAACAGGAUCAAGUAUCUAGUGUCAGGUCCUGAGUCCUCCAGAGUAGGAGUGUACCUGGAUCACAGUGCAGGUGUUCUGUCCUUCUACAGAGUUUCUGACACCAUGACUCUCCUCCACAGAGUCCAGACCACAUUCACUCAGCCUCUCCAUGCUGGAGUUUGGGGUUGUUCUCCUGGAGACACAGCUGAGUUCUGUGAACUCAAAACGAGGGGGAGGGGCAGAGAUCUGUUUCUGCUCAGAGGGAGUGACCUUGUUCCACAGUCUCUGGCAGCAGCUGAAAUGGCGGACAGACAAAGAUUCUGCUGUCCGAUCUGUCUGGAUCUACUGAAGGAUCCGGUGACUACUGGCUGUGGACACAGCUACUGUAAGAGCUGCAUUAACAACCACUGGGACAAUGGGGAGGAGAGAGGAAGCUACAGCUGCCCCCAGUGUAGACAGACCUUCACACCGAGGCCUGUCCUGGGGAAAAGCACAAUGUUAGCUGAUUUAGUGGAGGAGCUGAAGAAGAAUGGAUUCCAAGCUGCUGAACAUGAAGACCAUGACACAGGGUCAGCUGCAGCAGAAUGGACAGUGAAGCAGAGAGAGCUCGGGCUGAGGAGACAAACAAUCCAGCAGAGAGUCCACGAUACAGAGAAAGACGUGAAGCUGCUUCAACAGGAGGAGGAGGCCCUCAAUGGCUCUGCUGAUAAAGCAGUGAAGGACAGUGAGAAGAUCUUCACUGACUUGAUCCGUCUGCUGGAGAAAAGAAGCUCUGAUGUGAAGCAGCAGAUCAGAUCCCAGCAGGAAACUGAAGUGAGUCGAAUCAGAGAGCUUCAGGAGAGACUGGAGCAGGAGAUCACUGAGCUGAAGAGGAAAGACCAGGAACUGAUGCAGCUCUCAGACACAGAGGAUCACUACGAGUUUCUCCACAACUACCCCUCACUGUCACCACUGAGUGAAUCUACACACUCAUCCAGCAUCAGGAUCCGUCCUCUGAGGAACUUUGAGGACAUAACAGCAGCUGUGUCACAGGUCAGAGGUCGACUACAGGACAUUCUGAGUGAGACAGGGUCAGAGAUUUUUCAGAUUGUGUCUCAAGUUGAUGUUUUACUGCAACAACCAGAACCAGAGACCAGAGCUGACUUCUUAAGAUAUUCACAGGAAAUCAGACUCGAUCCAAACACAGUAAACAAGCGUCUGUUAUUAUCUGAGGGAAACAGAAAAGUAACACAUGUGAAAGAAGAUCAGUCUUAUCCUAAUCACCCAGACAGAUUCACUGGUUGGUAUCAGGUCCUGAGCAGAGAGAGUCUGACUCGACGUUGUUACUGGGAGGUGAAAGUGGAGGUGGGGGUGAGGGUGAAAGGAGGAGUUGGUGUAGCAGUCACAUACAACAAUAUCAGCAGAGCAUGUGAAUUUGGAUCAAAUGAUAAAUCUUGGUCAUUAUAUUGUUAUGAAAACAGUUAUGAAUUUCAUUACAACAGCAUCAAGACUCCAGUGUCAGGUCCUGUGUCCUCCAGAGUAGGAGUGUACCUGGAUCACAGUGCAGGUGUUCUGUCCUUCUACAGCGUCUCUGACACCAUGACUCUCCUCCACAGAGUCCAGACCACAUUCACUCAGCCUCUCUAUGCUGGAGUUAGGGUUUGUAAUUAUGCAUCCACAGCUGAAUUGUGUCAACUGAGCUGUGGAUGUAUGAAGUGAACAGAUUAUACUGAUGAAAUGAUCAAUGACCUCAGAGCGUCAACAUGUCCAACAGGUCAACUUCACUCUGGUUGGAUUUACAGAGCAUCAGUGUUAUUGGAUGUUUGGUCACAUUAUAAUUGUGUAACCUGGUUUGUUUCCAUCACGGCUAAUCUCUGUUUAGUGAGAAUCCACUCGUCCUCAUUGUAUUUACAUAUUUAAUGAACUGGCUUAUUUAUCUGCUGCUGCCUCUGUAUCUGUUCUUUUUAAUUUUCCUGAUCUAUACUAGCAGGUCCAUUGGAGAGUGUCCUGAUCGAGUCACUCUGAGGGUUUGUUCUGCAGCUCUCAUCACAUGUGUUUCUUAUACAUUCUAUAUACAUUUCAAUAUCUUAUAUUAAGUCAUAAAAAUGUAAUGUCUGAAGAAAGUUGAAAUAAAGAAUAAAUCAGG